AUGGCUCAGCCACUACUAGAUCUUCAACUCCAGAACGCAGCACUAACGACAGAACUCCGUCUCGUCAAGCGGCAGCUCGCGGAAGCACAAACCGCCACGGCUCAUCUCGUCGGCAUCAUCGGCAAGCAACAGAUCCAGACUCAACACGAUGUUUCUGAUCAUCUACGCGCACAGCUCCAAUCGACCCGGGCGGAAACUGUAAGGCUGGAGGGCCUCCUUCGACAGCGACGGCUACUUGAUCUCAAUCGACCUGCGUUCGCUCUCGACGAUCCGUUCGUUGAUCGUGCCGGACCUGUACAGCGUUACCCAAGCACACGGUCACCCUCCAGGGUCGGCCCCGAAAUCCAUAGUGAGGUGAGCUGGGCUGGGAGGCAUGAUUUGCUUAGCUUCGAGGGGGAUGGACCCGGACGAGCGGGCGAUGGCUGGGUUGCCGCAUCCCGAGAUGGUGGAUUGGGCGUGGACACUAGCAGUAUUUCAACACCACCAGCUUCUGGUAAGUCGGGUGGGUCUUUGGCGAUGGGAGACUACCGGCUCCCAAAGUCUGGCUUCCAUACCGUAGAGGGUCGUGUGGUGGAUGAAUCCAGAAGCCACAUAGGCCAGGAACAUGUUCAACAGACUGAUCUAGUGGACCUGGAUGAACUAGACCUCGUGGACGCGCCGAAGAGGACUCAUGCCCAGCACUGCUUUACGCAGUGGGAGCGCAGCUACCUGCUUGGAAUAGCGUGCUUCCUGGAGGAUCUGGACAGCGAAGACUAUACGCAAAAGUGGGUCGAUGUGGCGAAGCGUAGAGGGCGACACAGUCCUGAAGAGUGGCAGGAGUACUAUGAGAAGGAGAUUCGGCCGGUAUACAAGGCUAAGCAGGCGGCUGCGAUGGUCGACCGAAGCUUUUCCGAGGAGGGCGGGAUUACUUCGAAGGAUGUGGAGCAUCUCUUGCCCGUCGAGACUGUCGGAGACGACCGGGCAGCUGGGCAUGAGAUCCUCGGCCCAGCUACGACAGCCACGGCGAAUGUGCUGGUGCCAGUGAUUGAGAUGACCGAGUCUGCGGCUCGAGAUAGUGGCUGCCCAGGGCUCGAUAGUCUUCCAGCCUCUAAGCACGACUCGCCACGAGCGAAGACCACGCCAUCAGCUUCGGAGACCUUGGCUCCUUCCCACGGCCUGAUGGCUUCUCGAUGGGCGCCCCAGGUAAAGGCAGGGUUGGUGGUCCAACCAGAGCCCAACUCGCAUCGCGAUGUAACUACACCUGUACACUCGACAACACAGCAUAUCGAGCUACUCAGCGUCGAUGAUUUUUGCGAAGAGCUCAACAAGCAAUCGGAGAGUGCUCGUGGGUCUCAUUCUUUUGCACCAAAGCCAGCGGUCCCCGGAUUCAUAGAAGUGGGAGAGGGUAAGACGUGCGAACGAGAUUCCGGGCCAGACGUGCACGACUCAACGACCUCCAGUUUCAGCGAAGCAGAAAGCACCAGCAUCACCAGCAGACAUGUGGACCGUCCAGACAACAGACCUGCAAGGUGCAACUUUAGCAGUGAUCGCGACACCCGGCCGGGGUGCUGCCACUGGCCACGGGACGACCAGCAGCUUCUCCACAGCAACUUCUCCCACAAUCCUAGCACGAUGCGGACUGCGGUGAUAAGUAAUAUUCCACCGGGUGCAAGCCUUGCAGAUGUGCUCGACAUGGUCCGUGGUGGUAAGAUCAUCUCUGCUGAGUAUCUGCCGCUCAGCCAGAUGCGCACGAAGCCCAUGAUGGCCAUGAAUGCUGCGGUGGUGACAUUCUUGUACGCGGACGUAGCGCAUGCAUAUGCGGAGUUCUGUCGUAAGAACAAGGUCUUCCUCGAGGUCAAGGACGGUUCGGAGCCUUCGAGGAUCAAGGUCAUGCAUAUCAAGACGCCCAUCCGUCCUCCAAUCUCGUUCGGUAUCUCACCACAAGAACGUCCAAGUCGCGUGCUCUAUCUGAACGACGAUGGAAGCAAGACGGCGGAGCAAGUCACGACUAUGGUCAGCAAAACACUCGAACAGCGUACGAUACCGAGCUACUUCACACUUCCACUUCGUACGGGCAAGAACGACGAUGGGUUGCUCUUCUUCGAGUUCGCCAGUAUCGAGGACGCCAUCAUCACCAAGCAGGCGAUGGAGAGCUUGCAUUGGGAUCUGGGCGGUGCUGGCAAAGGCUUCUUGCCGGAUCCUUGCGAGAGGCCGCUGCAGAGCUUGCUUGGAGGGGUUAGUGAAAAUCGAUCUUCGGACACCACGUUGUCUGAGACGGCUGAAGCUAGCAAUCCUGGGCUAUCGGAUCGUGAGGAUGAUGUCGUCACCGUGAGAAGGUCCGGUGGUGACCUCCAAUAUGCUCACUGUACCGGAGGCCAAGGUCGCAGCCAGCUGGAGCAGCUUCGGUGA